AUGGACACCAUUCUCGCCUUGCGUCCCCUUCCCAACUGUUUUGCCCCACUUCGAAAUCCUCCCUUCUCAAUUUUCACCACAAACCGCCGUAUCAGAAUCCAAACAUUCGCUUCCAAAUUCCCCAACAGCCCCCGAAAUCCAAUCCCAAUUCCGUACAAUCCCCGCUCCUUCAGCUUUCGAGAAGCUUCCAGAAGCUUUAAGGAAGAACAAAGGCCACUUCUUUCCGCCGAAUGCAUUGCGAGGCAGUUAGUGUUGGCGCUCUUCUGUUUCGCAAUCGGUUUUGCUCCGUUUCGGACGGUUCGUGCCAUCGCUGCUCCGGUGGUUUCAGAGGCGGUUUUGGAUAAGGAGGUAAAUUCAAAGGGUCAUGAGUAUUCAAAGUACACGAAGAGGUUGCUGGAGACGGUGUCUGUGUUGCUGAAGAGUAUAGAGGAGGUUAGAAGAGGAAAUGGGGAUGUGAAGCUCGUCGAGGCAGCAUGGAAGGCGGUGAGAGAAAAGAAAGAGGAGUUACAAGAGGAGAUAUUGGAUAGUCUCGAUGGGGAGCUAAGGGAGCUGAGGAGAGACAAACAGGUGCUGGUGAAGCGGUCUGAUGAUGUUUUCGCCGAGGUGGUGAAGGUGAAGAGGGAUUUGGAUAAGUUGGUGGGCAAUGUAGGUAAGGAGAAGGUGAAGGAGAGGGCGGAGGGGAGGUUGGGAAGAUUAGAGGAGGAGUAUAAUGAGGUUUGGGAGAGGGUUGGAGAGAUUGAGGAUCGGAUUUUGAGGAGAGAGACAUCAGCAAUGAGUUUCGGAGUGAGGGAGCUUUGUUUUAUUGAAAGGGAAUGCGAGCAAUUGGUUCAGAGUUUUACCCGCCAAAUGAGGAGGAAGGGGACUGAGAGUGUGCCAAAAGACCCGGUUACCAAGCUUUCUAAAUCUGAUAUACAGAAAGAUUUGGAAAAUGCGCAAAGAAAACAUUUGGAGCAAAUUAUUCUGCCAAAUGUUUUGGAAGUUGAUGAUCUGGGACCUCUCUUUUAUUCGACUGAUUUUGCUCAACGUAUAAAACAAGGUCUUCAAGAUUCAAGGGAGCUGCAGAAAAAGACUGAGGCUCAAAUAAGGAAAAAUAUGAAGAAGUUUGGCAGCGAAAGGCGUUUUCUUGUCAAAACACCAGAGGAUGAGGUGGUGAAGGGAUUUCCAGAAGUUGAGUUGAAGUGGAUGUUUGGAGAUAAGGAGGUUGUUGCUCCAAAAGCUGUUGGCCUCCAUUUGUACCAUGGGUGGAAGAAGUGGCGUGAAGAAGCUAAGGCAGACCUCAAAAGAAAUCUUUUAGAAAAUGUUGAUUUUGGUAAACAGUAUGUGGCCCAGAGACAGGAACUUAUUCUCCUGGACCGAGAUAGGGUGGUGUCAAAGACGUGGCACAAUGAGGAAAAAAAUAGGUGGGAAAUGGAUCCAGUGGCUAUUCCUUUUGCCGUGUCAAAGAAACUGGUGGAGUAUGCCCGAAUUAGGCAUGAUUGGGCUGCCAUGUAUAUUGCACUCAAGGGCGAUGAUAAGGAAUAUUAUGUUGACAUUAAGGAAUAUGAAAUGCUAUUUGAAGAUUUUGGAGGGUUUGAUGGCCUGUACAUGAAAAUGAUUGCCUGUGGUAUUCCAACUGCUGUUCACCUGAUGUGGAUCCCUUUGUCUGAGUUGGAUUUCCAUCAACAGUUUCUCUUGACCCUAAGACUGUCUCAUCAAUGCUUUAAUGCGUUGUGGAAAACAAGAGUAGUAUCAUAUGCGAGAGAUUGGGCUCUUCAGAAAUUCAGAAAUAUAAAUGAUGACAUAAUGAUGACAAUAGUGUUUCCCAUUGUGGAGCUUAUACUCCCCUACUCUGUAAGGAUACAGUUGGGGAUGGCAUGGCCUGAAGAAAUUGAUCAAGCCGUUGCCUCAACAUGGUACUUGAAAUGGCAAUCUGAGGCAGAAAUGAAUUAUAAAUCUAGAAGAACGGAUGACAUCCAAUGGUAUUUUUGGUUUCUCAUUAGAAGUGUGAUAUACGGAUAUGUUUGUUUUCAUCUCUUCCGUUUUAUGAAGAGAAAAAUUCCCAGACUUCUUGGUUAUGGGCCAUUACGCAGAGAUCCAAACAUGCAGAAGUUGAAGAAAGUGAAAUUCUAUCUUAAUUAUCGGGUGAGGAAAAUUAAAGGCAACAAAAAGGCUGGUGUUGAUCCCAUAACACGGGCUUUCGACCAAAUGAAGAGGGUGAAGAAUCCACCAAUACCAUUGAAGGACUUUGCCAGUAUUGAAUCUAUGAAGGAGGAAAUCAACGAAGUUGUGGCAUUUCUGAAAAAUCCUGGUGCAUUUCAAGAAAUGGGGGCCCGUGCACCUCGGGGAGUUCUGAUUGUAGGUGAGAGGGGAACAGGAAAGACAUCUCUAGCACUGGCUAUAGCUGCUCAAGCUAAGGUUCCUGUUGUUAACAUUAAAGCUCAAGAGUUGGAGGCUGGACUGUGGGUUGGGCAAAGUGCAUCAAAUGUCAGGGAGCUGUUUCAAACUGCGAGAGAAUUGGCACCUGUAAUCAUAUUUGUGGAGGAUUUUGACCUCUUUGCUGGUGUUCGUGGAAAAUUUAUUCACACUAAAAAUCAAGAUCACGAAGCUUUUAUUAAUCAACUGCUUGUGGAACUUGACGGGUUUGAGAAACAAGAUGGGGUUGUAUUGAUGGCUACUACUGGAAAUCUCAAGCAAAUUGAUGAGGCCUUACAGCGGCCUGGCCGCAUGGAUAGAGUAUUUCAUCUUCAAAGGCCAACUCAAGCAGAAAGAGAGAAGAUAUUACAUAUUGCUGCAAAAGAAACAAUGGAUAAUGAACUCAUUGAUUUUGUAGACUGGAGAAAGGUUGCUGAAAAGACAGCUCUUUUACGACCUAUAGAAUUAAAGCUGGUGCCUGCGUCCUUGGAAGGUAGUGCUUUUAGGAGCAAGUUUCUUGAUACGGAUGAACUUAUGAGCUACUGUAGUUGGUUUGUGACUUUCAGCACUUUCAUUCCUGAAGGGAUGCGGAAAACCAAAAUCGUGAAGAAGCUAAGUAAAAUGCUGGUGAAUCAUCUAGGGCUGAUGUUGACUAAAGAAGAUCUGCAGAGUGUGGUUGAUCUGAUGGAGCCAUAUGGUCAGAUAACCAAUGGAAUAGAACUUCUAAACCCUCCUCUUGAGUGGACAAUGGAUACCAAGUUCCCACAUGCUGUUUGGGCUGCAGGUCGAGGUCUCAUUGCCCUUCUAUUGCCAAACUUUGAUGUUGUAGAUAAUAUAUGGCUGGAGCCAUUGUCUUGGCAGGGAAUCGGAUGUACAAAAAUAACCAAGGUGAGAAAUGAAGGAUCCGUGAAUGCGAAUUCUGAAUCAAGAUCAUAUCUUGAAAAGAAGCUUGUAUUUUGUUUCGGUUCACAUGUUGCAGCACAAAUGCUAUUACCUUUUGGGGAAGAGAACUUUCUUUCUUCUUCAGAGUUAACGCAGUCACAGGAGAUUGCUACACGGAUGGUCAUUCAAUAUGGUUGGGGGCCUGAUGAUAGUCCUGCAAUAUAUUAUCACACUAAUGCGGCUACUGCUUUAAGCAUGGGGAAUAACCAUGAGUAUGACAUGGCAGCUAAAGUUGAAAAGAUAUAUGAUUUAGCAUAUUAUAAAGCGCAAGAAAUGCUCCACAAAAAUCGUCGAGUUCUUGAAAAGAUAGUUGAGGAGUUACUGGAAUUUGAAAUCUUGACUGCAAAGGAUUUGCAAAGAAUUUUUGAAGACAAUGGUGGUGUUCGGGAAAAAGAGCCCUUUUUUCUUUCUGGAUCUCAUGAUAGAGAGCUACAAUCUGGCAGCUUUCUUGAAGGUGGGAAUGUAUCAGGAACUGCUCUUUUAAGUGGAGCAGCAUAG